GGUAAGUUUGGGAAUCGGAUCCGUGCGACCCUCAUUGGGUUCGCCGCUAUGAUUUCCCAGAGGGCCCGUGCACCGCGUGGGACCGUCAGGUUCAGCGCCAAGAGGAAAAAACUUUCGGCCUGGGGAUGUAGUUACAAGUAUGGCGUUCACAGAGCGCCUCCUUUUCCCCCUGCCCAGCCCCCCGACCCUUGCAAAUUCUGGAUCAGGAGCCGUUUUGUCCCAAGCGGCGCAGCUGUCUCCUGUUCAGGCGCUGCCCAAUGCACGGCCAUUUAUGUUAUUUACUGCUUUUCACACCCUUGGCAGGCCAUGUCAUUCGCAUUAGAGGCAACAAGACGGUCAAUGUAUGUGGCGAGACGUUUACCGAAGAACAAAUCGUCGGUGGGCAGGCCAACAUCUCAGAGGGAGUUUUCCUCGUGGGCGUGAACCAGAAGGAGCAGACCACCGUGCUCCUCGGGGCGGCCAAGGAGCAGCUGGGCUGGGAGCCGGAGACGACGUUCGCGAACAUUGGCCUCUUCUGGGGCACGAUGCAUCAGGACGAGGUGUUGUGGUUCUUAAGGAGGAGCGAAGUGAAGUACAUCGAGGCCAACUGCGAAGUUCAUGCCGCCGACGCCGACAAGCGAGCCGCGCCGCCCGCGACGGUUGAGCCGCCCCCGCCAGACGGGCCCGCGUGAUUCAAACACGUGCGCGGCUCCUCCUUCAGUGUUCGUUCCUCGUCCUCCUCGCUCCUCCAGCUUUUAGUCGUCUUCUUCCGUGUCUGCCUUCUGUGCUCGCUCCUUGUCCUCCUCGUAUUGCUA